CGCCGUGCCUUGUCAUUGUUCUGUGAAACGACUAGUACGCAUGAUACCAGCCUCAGCCACUCGAGGUUUACCUGUACGAAGCACAAAGCUCAACCCCUUCCUGUUUCUAGAUUGCCCUCUCACACGUGCUACUGUAGCCUUGACCGCCCUCUACUUUUGAAGUGAGAUGGCUGGAGACCCGGCCUCCGUAGAAUGCGCUUCGAUACAACGCAGCAAUUGCCAGCAACUGUCUCAACUUCGAGUUCGCACAUUCGUUCGACGAUGGUGAGCAUAUAACGCUGAUGCCCGUCGUGAACGUUGCGCAUCGGGAGCCUGCUUGGAUCACACCCUCUCCUACAAGCACACCAGCGCCUAUUAUUCUCACCAUCGAAAGAUCAACUACCACCUACAUAACAACAAUAUUCCGACUUUCUGCAACCUUAAUUGCAAUAGCCGGAACAUCUACAGAGUCCCAAUCUAGCGGACCGAGCCCUGGUGUAUUAGUAGGAGCAGUUCUUGGAUCUCUAUUAGGCUUCAUGGUUCUACUCCUCUUCUGCUGCUAUUAUCGCUAUCAGGAUAGGCCAGACUCCUACAGAUAUUCACCUAGUAUAUCAUCAACUUACUCGCCGCCAGCUCACUCGCCACCACGGAUAAAGCUGGAGUCUAACCAGAACUUAGUACAAGCUGCUAGAGUGCAAGGAAAAAUCAGCCUCGUGAAGAAAAAGGCAAAGAAGGCAAGAUCAUCAGGUCGACUUCAGCCCUAUACAGAAGAUCAGGCGGGGGUAAAAGCUAGUAAGAUCUCAGUAAAGCGGAUGGCUGCUAACUAUGACACAGAUAUAGUAAUUCGGUAUUGCGCCUGAAGCAAUUGCGUUUGGAAAGCGGCUGGGAGGAAAAACUUAAUCAGAGGUCAGCCUUCCGUAUACGCGGUGUGGUUAUCAGAGUAUCCGUGAGUUUUUGUGUUAUCGUUCGUUCAACGGAAACGGCUUUCUUGGAAUCAAG